CAAAUAUGGGUUGUCCAUCGUGAACCUUCUCUGCGCUCACUUUGAUAUCUCCCACUAGUUUCGACACCGCGCUCGGCGCAUCGUGGACCGUGUACCCUUGUGGCCUAACAGGUACUGAAUUGCGCCUUUUCGGUUGUUUACUUUCUAAGAAGGGAAUCACCAACUCCAACCACCCAUUUUCCCCAGGAAGCUCCAGUCUCAGCAUUUCGCAGCAGUCAUGGAGAGCCUCAACGGCUGUGUUCUCAGCCAAUUGAGGCAAUCGGGUGCCCAAGUGACUCGUACUCUUCAAAAAAUUCAGUCCAGGUCCUACUCGGCUCCCGUCAGCGGCUCCAUUCCCGCGGCUAAGAAGAAGUAUGUCCCUACUUCUGGCACCUAUCCCCAAGGCUUCUCGGCUUCCGGCAUCAACGUAGGCGUCAAGCCCAAGAACACUACCAAGCCCGAUGUUUGCCUUGUCGCCUCGGACCGUCCCUGCGCCGCCGCCGCCGUCUUCACCAAGAACAAGUUCCAGGCCGCCCCCGUUACUUUCAGUCGUAGCUUGUUGCAGAAGAAGGGCAACCAGGGUAUUCAAGGUGUCGUUGUCAACUCGGGAUGCGCCAACGCCGUUACUGGUAAGGGAGGCUUGGAGGAUGCCGGCAAGAUGGCCCAGGCCGCCGAUGAGUGCUUUGGCCAGAGCGAGAGCACUCUCGUUAUGAGCACUGGUGUCAUCGGUCAGCGUCUGCCCAUCGAAAAGAUCACCAGCAAUAUCCCCCGGGUUCACAAGGCCAUGGGCUCUACCCACGAUCACUGGCUCACGGCUGCCAAGGCUAUCUGCACCACCGACACUUUCCCCAAGCUCAUCUCCCGGUCCUUCAAGCUUCCCUCCUCCCCUUCAGUCGAGUACCGCAUCGCUGGCAUGACCAAGGGAGCCGGUAUGAUUCAUCCCAACAUGGCUACCCUCCUCGGUAUCAUCGCCACCGAUGCUCCCGUUUCCUCCACCGUACUGCCCGCCGUUCUCAAGCACGCCGUCGACCGUUCGUUCAACAGCAUCACCAUCGAUGGAGACACUUCCACCAACGACACUGUUGCCCUGCUUGCCAAUGGUGCUGCUGGCGGAAAGGAAGUCGUUGCCAACACCCCCGACUACGAUGCCUUCCAGACUGUCCUGACCGAUUUCUCUACCGACCUUGCCAAGCUAAUCGUCCGUGAUGGCGAGGGUGCCACCAAGUUCGUUACUAUCCGCGUUGCCGAGGCUGCUAGCGAGGAGGCCGCUAGGAAGAUUGCCAGCACCAUUGCCCGUUCUCCCCUGGUGAAGACUGCUCUAUACGGCAAGGAUGCCAACUGGGGCCGUAUCCUCUGCGCUACUGGUUACUCCCUUGUUUCUGAGCCCGGCCUUCCCGUCAACGAUGUUCCUGAGGUCGUCCCUGAAAAGACCAAUGUUUCUUUCAUCCCCACUGACGGCACUGCUGAGCUGAAGCUGCUCGUCAACGGCGAACCUGAGCAUGUUGAUGAGGCUCGUGCUGCUGAGAUCCUCGAGCUUGAGGACCUUGAGAUCCUUGUCAGACUCGGAACUGGUGACAAGCAGGCUACCUACUGGACUUGCGACUACAGCCACGAGUACAUUACCAUUAAUGGAGACUACCGCACAUAAGAAAUCACUGAUAAGGCGUUACUGGUACUUGGGGAGGAUACCCGGAGGUAGACAGGAUAGAAAAGGCUCAUUUAUGCCAUACUCUGUGCCCUCACCUUCUUUUGUUCGUACUCUUUCGUAAUAUUCAGACGUCGCCUGCCACCCCGACCACACAUUCAGGAAAUGAAGACACUCUGUGGUACACUUUAAGGGUGAUUUGCGUAACUUAGGCAUAGAGGUAGCGAAUUCUGUAAUAGGAAAGCACACACAUGUGUCGAGUUACUCGAAGGGAUGUGCU